ACCUCUAGGAUUAGGGCCAGGGGCGUGACAAAUCAGAUAGAGACUUGUUGGACCGUUCCUUUAUUUGUUAUGUUCGUAGGGCGCAUUUUCUACAGGUCUCUGUGCACCAUGGCGCCCGUAGCGAAGAGUUUCGACUACCUAGUGAUCGGGGGCGGGUCCGGCGGGCUUGCGAGCGCGCGGAGGGCGGCGGAGUUCGGCGCCAAGUGCGCGAUCAUAGAGAAAGCUCGGCUCGGAGGAACUUGCGUGAAUGUUGGAUGUGUCCCCAAAAAGGUGAUGUGGAACACAGCAGUCCAUGCGGAGUACCUGAUGGACCACAAGGACUAUGGGUUUGAUGUCAACGGCACCACCACAUUCUCAUGGAAGACCAUUAAAGACAAGAGAGAUGCCUACAUCAAAAAUCUGAAUGGAAUUUACAAAUCCAACCUUGAUAAGAGUCAAGUUGAGGCUAUAGUAGGGGAUGCCAAGUUUGUUGGUGAAAGGUGUGUGGAGGUUGAUGGAAACAAGUACACGGCAGAACACAUCCUCAUCGCUACAGGAGGGCGUCCUGUGUUCCCUAACACUCCCGGUGUUGAGUAUGGGAUUUCUAGUGAUGGAUUCUUUGACUUGGAAGACCUUCCAAAGAAGGCAGUAGUGGUUGGUGCAGGGUACAUCGCUGUGGAGAUGGCAGGAAUUCUGAAGACGCUCGGAUCAGAUGUGUCACUAUUGAUCAGGAAAGACAAGGUGUUGCGUACGUUUGACAGCAUGAUCAGUUCAGAGCUGACAGAGGAGCUUCAGCACAUCGGCAUCAACCUCAUGAGACAGACACAGGUUUCCAAAGUGGAGAAGGCUGCAGAUGGUAGGCUAACUGUUUUCACCAACAAUGGGGAGAUCUCAGAAGUGGACACCUUACUGUGGGCCAUCGGCAGAGUUCCCAACACAGAGAUCGGACUGGACACUGUGGGGGUGGAGCUUGAUUCCCGUGGGAACAUCAAAGUUGACGAGUAUCAGAACACAUCAACGAAGGGCAUCUACGCACUGGGGGAUGUCUGUGGGAAAGCACUGCUUACUCCAGUUGCCAUAGCAGCAGGAAGAAAGCUGGCCCAUCGUGUGUUUAAUGGUGAGGACACCAAGCUGGACUACAGUAACAUCCCCACAGUGGUCUUCUCACACCCUCCGAUUGGCACAGUCGGGCUCACAGAAGAGGAAGCAGUGGCCAAGUAUGGGAAAGACAACAUCAGGAUGUACAGCGCACGUUUCACACCCAUGUACCACGCCGUCACUGAGAGGAAAACUAAAACUAUCAUGAAGAUGAUCUGUCUUCUUCCUGAAGAAAAGAUUGUAGGUAUCCACAUGAUGGGGAUCGGGUGUGACGAAAUGUUACAGGGAUUCUCUGUGGCUGUGAAAAUGGGCGCGACCAAGGCUGAUUUCGACAGCACGGUAGCCAUCCAUCCAACCUCUUCGGAGGAGCUUGUGACGAUGCGAUGACUAUCUUGUACAGACGUCAGCACGACAGUGUGUUCAGAAGAUGGUCAUAGUAAACUGUAGACAGUGUGCCUUUCUUAAAAAUUUUAUUACAGCCUUGAAUAUUCAUGGGAGUUAUAUUUUGUUUAUUGUUUUUUUAAAACAUCCACACAGCCAAGAUUGUGCAACUAGUGGGUGACUUACUUUUUCAUCACUUACAUAAUCAAUGUAGCUUUUCUAAUCAGACAUAUCUUCAUCUACACAAGGGAAACUGUUAAAAUAUUGAGCUUUAUAUAAUCACUUAAAUGUUGGAUUGUGUAGCAAAAUGUGUCACAUCAGUGAAUAAUUUCAAAAAAAUUGCUGCUUUUAAUGAUGAUGAUGAUUAUGAUCUUGAUGUUUUUCACAUACUUACCUACAUGGGCUAAAUGCAGUAUUUAUCUUCAUAGGGAGAUGGGAGCAAGGCUAUAUCCUAUCUACCUCAAUAAUUUCUAAGUAAUACACACAGCACCACUUGCUAAACGUCAGAUAUGUCAAAAGAGAAUCACGAAUGUUGGUUGGCAACACAAUUACAACACUCUGCCAUAAGUGUCUAGAACAAGGAUUAUUUGUAUUUUUGGUUGUAACUGCUAGGUGGCAUACAUGUAAUGAUACAUACAUGUAAAGAAUUGGGAAUAGCCCUGUAAUUACACCACUUCUGCCUUCAAACCUUCCAUUGCAAAAGACAUGGGCAGUGCCUUUUUAUGGGCAAAAACAUGCUAAAUAUAUUCCUGUGGUGUCUAUCAGUAGUAACCUUGAUUUGUCGCCAUUGAACAAUAAUUGCUCUGAAGCUUGUAAAAUGCUUGUAGUUCUAGGCAGAAGACCAUGUGAUGUAACAAAAUGAAAUACAUGUAGAAUGUUUUCAGACGUAGUUGCUUUUUAUGUGUAUCCUAACGACUUUAUUGAAAAAUGUGUAAUGUUAUACAUGGUAAAAUUGGUAAAUAAAAAGGUAAAUUAAUGAUUUUA